ACAAAAAUUUUCUUAUAAUACUUCUAAAUCUUUAACACAAGAUUCUUCAGAAAAUUCUACAAUUCAGUUAGACCCUUCUACUUAUUAUGAAGAAUCUAAUGAAUAUUCUUUUGAAGAUGAUAUUAGUUACUAUAAUGAACUUGCUAUAUAUUCUUUAGAAGAAUUAAAUGAAGAUAAAGAUUCUUGUGAAUUUACUUCUGAAACUUCUAGCAUUAAUUCUUACAAUGAAUCAAGUAGUGAUAGUUUAUCAGAAAAUGAAUUUUUUGAUGAUAUUGCUGAUAAAGCUUUAGAUUCAGAUAAAUUGUCACAAAAUAUUGAUGAUUUUUUACCAUAUUUUGAAAAUACAACUACUGCAUUAAUGUUUUGUUGGAUACAAAAGAAUAGUAUUG